AAACAUGCAAAGAGGUGGUCGUAGCACUCAGUUUUUUAAUGUUAUAUAGUCCUCGAUGAAUUGGAUGCAACAUGAGCGGAUGGGUUCUUGGUGUACGAGGUCGUUUGCGGUUGCAGGAAUCGAUGAGUCUGCUUUGCUGCAUGUGGCGGCCGGUGUGCUACUAGAUUCCUGAGCACUCUUUAGUAAGGAGUGUUGUGUUGCCUUGAGCAAAACUUUGUGUCGCUUCGCUCUUGUUUUGGAGGGCAAUGACGAUGAGCACGAAUGUUCUAUGUGUGGACAUUCCAGGUAUGUCUUGCGACACUGAGUAUUCAAUGAGGUGUAAAGUCUGAGCUCCGACACCAUGCCCGCCGAACCCUCUGUUGGAGAAAUGGCUCUUUAGCGGCUACGGGGCUAAUCUCCAUGGCAAUGCGGAAGUGCCAGGCUCCCCAUCGGUACCAUCUGGAACGCCUAACAAGAGAACAUAUGUAUAUAUACACUCAAGAGUUUGCUAGCGACUCUGUUGUGUUGAGGUGCUGUUUUAUCCCGCGCUUAUGUUUUCACGUGAGGUUAACUACUACACUGAUGUUGAGUUACGAGAUGACUACGAAAACAACACUCUGCGUAUCGACGCCGAAAGAUACUUACAGCGCCCAUCAUACCAUUUCCGGCCCGAGAAGGAUUGGAUGAAUGAUCCUAAUGGUCCAUGCUUCUACAAUGGAUUUUACCAUUUCUUUUACCAGUACAACCCCCACGGUGCCGUAUGGGGGAAUAUUGUUUGGGGCCACGCUGUCUCCAGAGACAUGAUCCACUGGCAGCACUUGGACAUUGCCCUGAUCCUAGAUAAGUGGUAUGACAUUCAAGGAGUGUGGUCGGGAUCCGUCACCAUGCGUGAAGACGGAGUCCCUAUCAUUUUAUACACAGGUUCGUCGUAUGCUUCCGAGCAGACACAGUGCAUUGCCAACCCCGCAGACCCCUCAGACCCGCUUCUCCGCAAGUGGGUGAAGGAUCACGAGAAUCCCAUCUCUGUGAUGCAGCGGAGAAUUGUGUGGGAUUGAGUGAAUGAGUCGGAUAGCCAAGCUGCGGACGUCAACAAGGGCUGGUCCUCAGUGCAGGCGAUCCCUCGAGCAGUCUGGCUUGAUAGAAAUACUUUGAAAGGUCUAAUUCAAGAUCCGAUUGAAGAGGUGAAGACAUUACGUGGUAGUAAAGUGCAGCAGGGAACUGUGAAACUAGCACCUGGGGAGGUUUUAGGAAUCCGAGGUGCUACAGGUAGACAGUUGGAUAUAGAGGUGGUUUUCGAAUAUCCCGACGUCACUCACACGAUAAAUAGCGGUACGUUUAAUCUUGACAGAGACCUCGUCAAUUGCAAUCAAGGAGGUGCUGCACAUCGUGGUCUCUUUGGACCAUUCGGGUUGCUCGUGUUGGCUGAUGAAAACCUUCGAGAACAAACUGCAAUUUUCUUUUAUAUCUCUUAUUCGAGGGACCAAGGAAAAAGGGCAACCUCAUUUUGCAGUGAUCAAUCAAGGUCAUCCUUGUUGAGUGAUGUCGCCACUACUGUUUACGGGAGUUUUGUGGAGAUACUCCCUUCCGAGGACUCCCUCUCCCUCCGAGUACUGGUUGAUAAAUCCAUUGUCGAGAGCUUUGUCCAAGGUGGUCGAAUGGUAAUUACAUCGAGAGUUUAUCCUAUCAUAGCCAUGAACAAGACAUCACACCUAUAUUUUUUAAACAAUGCCACCACGUCCAUCAAUGUUAGAAGUAUUGAUGUAUGGCAAAUGCAUCCGGCCGCCUACGGCACACUCCAGUGCCAUAGGUGCAGCGCUGCAAUUCGUUAACAACCAGAUUCAUUAAUCUAUUCGUCGUUUGUGUUUAAACAGUUUACUUUAGUGCAUACACCAACUGAUACUGACAGCUAUUGGACAUUCUUCAAUGAUGGAUAAGGAGACUAUUUCCGUUGCUAAGUGCAAUAAAACUUCUGUGUUGAUUUAAACAAAACACGAUAGUCAAUUAUCAAUUUAAUUGACUGACUGUUACCCUGUCAACGAAGAGAAUUAUAACUCAAUUCAAUAAAAAAAAUGUUUUAAUUUUCACAACCAACGAAAUGUAAAACAAUUUAUCUCAAAAACAUUCACUUUCCAGUGCAAAAGUGAUGUAACAUCCGCCAUUUGAAUGUUCUAUAUUGCAAUUCGCUCUAAAACAAGUCAG